UGAAACAUCUGUUUUCACCAAGCAAUGAUCAGUACAUUUCUUUAAAGUUUAUUUAUUUUUUUUUUUUGUUCCUUUUCGUUCGACUGUUCUCUGUCGAAGCUCACAUACACACACGCGCGCGCACACACUUAGCAUACGAAUUUGUGAACAGAUCAUCACAAAGUACGCAAUUUGGCCUAACUUGGUCGCUUUGUUUUGCGCACACCAACCGACCCCACAUAUUGUUUCCGACGUUGAGUCAUUGCUUUGUGUGUCUACCGUCGAUGUAAAAAAGUAGUACAACAAUAGGAAGUCGAAUAGUUUAGCUAUGAGUGGCCUAACCCCCGAAGAGAUUAGAAGACGUCGUUUAGCACGUUUAGGUGCUGUAAGUACAACAAGAGUUCCUCCGGUGCCACCACCUCUUCCAAUGGUUUCUGAAGUUAUUUCUCUAUUACCCACUAGAAUCACAUUUACUUCUGAGCCAAACAAAUCAACUCAGCCAGAAGAAUUGUCUAUGGAAGUUGAUGAUAACAAUACUGAUGUUGAAUCUAAAAAACAAAUUGUUUCUCCAAUUAAACCACCUGAGUCCUCUACAAUUAUUGCUCAUGAAGAAGAUUCAGGGUUUGAAAAUAUGGAAGUUGAUGAACCUAAAGAUUGUAAUUUUCAAGAAAGUAUUAGAAGAAAAAGACCAUUGGAAGCCAAUCCUCCCAGAGAAGAUAUAACCUUUGUUGUGGCCUUAAGAAUAUUAAAUGUUACUUUUAAUGAAUCAAAUAGUGAAUGUUUAUUUUUGCCAGAUGCAGCUGGUAUUUUGAGAGAAAGAGACGAUGAUUAUAAUGCUUUUAAAUUACCAGAUCUUGUAUGUAUGUGUAUAAAUGAAGCUAUAAAUAUAAUUAUGAAAAAAUAUAAACGUCGUGAGGAAAAUGUACUUCAUGCUGAAAAGUUACCUUGUUCAGGUGGUUUGAAAUAUUUAUUCGAUUGUUAUAAUCGUAUUGAAGAAGAACAACGCCAAUAUCCUAAAAGAAGUAGUUCUGCUAUAGUCUCCAGAACAUUAAAUAUCAUACGUUCACAAUGUGUGAAUCAUUCAAUUGUUCUACUAACUUAUGAUUGGGUUUCGGAUCAUAGAGAGAGUGCUCGAAAUUUAUUUCCUGCAAUAUCUCCUCUUACCCACUUCCUAAUACAGGGUACAAUGCCUAGGGGUUUCAUUAAUGAAUUGUUAAUUAGUACAACUUUAAAACCUCGGAUGUUUGAAGAAAUUUUUAGUCCAUUAUUGCAGCAUCUGUAUCGUAUUAUGCAAAGUGCCAGUUUUGUAGGAUCUACACAUCGUAGACCCAUUGAAGUUCUUAAUGAACUGACUUCAUUGACUUUUUAUAUGUCCAAAAAUAAUCUGCCUAUUUGUUCAUUAUUAAUUAAAAUGCGUCAAUUUUUGCCAAAAAGAGUAACUCCAAGUGGUGGUCGUGAACUGGCUUGGACAUCAUAUUUAGGACCAUUUCUGUCAGUUUCAUUAUUUGCUGAAGAUGAUCCUAAAGUAAUUGAUAAAUUAUUGAAUUUUAAUACAUUAUCAGACAAAACUGGGUUAAUUGGAACUCUAAGACAAGAAAUGCAAACUACCCGGAUUGAAUUGAACAAAAUCAUGUAUAAUUUAGUAGUAAAUUUAAGUUCACGGGAUAUGACACUAAUUUAUAUUACUAAAAUAUUGAUUUAUAAUGAGAAGCGCUGUAAAAUGCGUGUAGAUGAAAGAACAGUUGCCGGUGAUGGCUUCAUGUUGAAUCUGCUAACUGCUUUGCAAGAGCUUUCAGUGAAGAUUAAAAUGGAAAAAGUUGAUCCAAUGUAUAUUUUUAAUUCAAAAGAUUCUUUAAUUGAUAUAUCAUCUGAUACAAGACUGAAAUUUUCAUCUCAAGAAGCUAUAGAUUGGCUUGCAGUUGCAGGAAAAUCUUUUAAUGAAGUUAAAUUUUCUACUCGAUGUUGGUUUUUAACAUUAUAUUGUCAUCACAUAGCAUUAAUACCAGCUUUCACUAAACAUACCAGAAGACAUAGAACAGUAAGAGAUCUUCAAAAAGUGAUUGAUGAAAUAGCAAAUUCUGAAUCCGAAUGGAAAAAUAACCCUGGAUUAGCACUUAGAAAUAAAGAAUUAUUGAGAAAAUGGAAAACUCAGCUGAGGAAACUAGUAAAAAGUAAAUCAUGUGGAGAUCUUGUGUUAUAUGAUCCAUAUCUUAUUACCCGUUGUAUUGUAUUUUAUUCUACCGUUGCGGAGUUUAUGAUGACUCUUCUUCAAGGUACUCCAUACAUACCAAAUGCUAAUAUAAUAUUCCCAACCGAAAUUCCAGAUAUAUUAGCUGCUAUUCCAGAAUGGUUUGUUGAAGACAUUGCAGAUUUUCUUUUAUUCAUUUUGCAAUAUGCUCCCAAGGCUGUAGAAUUCAAGUUCUUCGAUACACUCUUGACUUGGAUUCUUGUUUGUAUUUGUUGUCCGGCACCUUUUAAAAAUCCUUAUCUUAUAGCAAAACUUAUUGAAGUUUUAUUUGUAUUAAAUCCAAGUAUUCAGCCAAAGACUGAAAUAUUAAAUAACAUGAUGAUGAGUCAUCCGCUUUCAAUCACCCACCUUCCUUCUUCUCUUAUGAAAUUUUAUACAGUAAUUGAAUCUACUGGAGCAACUUCUGAGUUUUACGAUAAAUUUACUAUUCGUUACCAUAUUAGUUUAAUUUUAAAAAGUUUAUGGGAAAGUCCUAUGCAUAGAUGUGCAGUUAUUGCCGAAUCCAAAACUGGUAUACAAUUUGUUAAAUUUGUGAACAUGUUAAUAAAUGAUACAACAUUUUUGUUGGAUGAGAGCUUGGAGUCGUUAAAGCGUAUCCAUGAAGUACAAGAGCAAAUGGCAGAUACUACUGCUUGGAAUAAUUUGACUGAUGAAGUUCAGCAAUCUCGAACAAGACAGCUUUCUGCUGAUGAACGACAAUGCCGUUCAUAUUUAACAUUAGCUCAAGAAACAGUUGAUAUGUUUCAUUACUUAACAAAAGAUAUAAAAGAGCCAUUUAUGCGACCUGAAUUGGUAAAUCGCCUUACAGCAAUGUUGAAUUUCAAUUUACAACAGCUCUGUGGUCCAAAAUGUAAAAAUUUAAAAGUCAAAACACCAGAAAAUUAUGGUUGGGAUCCUAGACGUUUGCUUAAGCAGUUAAUUGAUAUUUAUUUAUGCUUGGAUUGUGAUCAGUUUGCUGCUGCUAUAGCUGCUGAUGAACGAUCUUUCCGAAUGGAAUUAUUUGAAGAUGCUGCUAGCCGAAUGAUACGAGUGUUAAAUUCAUCAAAAAUUGAAAUAAUGAAAUUUCAAGAUUUAGCUAGGAAGGCAAAUGAAGUAUCUAUUCAAAAUAUUAAAAAAGAAGUAGAUUUCAAUGAUGCUCCAGAAGAAUUUAGAGAUCCAUUGAUGGAUACUUUAAUGGAUGAUCCAGUUAUUUUACCUAGUAGUGGAAAAAUUAUGGAUCGACCAGUUAUUGUACGACAUUUAUUAAAUUCACAAACGGAUCCAUUUAAUCGCCAACCUUUAAGUGAAGACGAUUUAACUCCAGCUUUGGAACUGAAAGAAAAAAUAAAAGAAUGGAAGAUCGAAAAGCUGAAAGAACUGUCUCGAGGGCCUCAAUCCUAAGGAAUGAACAUUUUAAUAUUUUACUAUAAUAAUAAAACUAUUAAUAAAUUUAUUAAAGUUAAUUUACUUUUUAACAUUUACCUCGAGUUAUGGUUAUACUAUUAUUGUAUGUGAUAAAAUGUGUUCUCAAAAGAAGACUUAAGAAUACCCUAAAAAAAUUAAUUUGUGCAUGUAUGAUGAAUAUUAUUCGUACUACUUAUAUAAAUAUUUUAUACAAUUUGUAUUAAUUUAUCAAAUAGUAAUUUGGUGGAUCAUAGAUUUUAUUUAAGAAAAUGUUGUUGAUGUUUAAAAGUAAACACAAAAUUAAAUACAUUUAUUUGUAUGUUUAUUAUAGUUUGUAAAAAAACGUCUUGACAAUUUUUUUUCCUUUUUUUGUAAUAUUUAAUAAAAAAAAAAAAAA